ACCCAAAACCUCUCUCACUCUAUCUCUAUCUUUCUAUCUCUUUCUAUCACUUUCUGUCCCAUGCAACAGUAAAAUUGGAAAUCUACAGACUCCUUCAAUCCAAUCUAAUCCCAUUCCGUUAAUCCAAUGGGCACUAGCACCACCAUUUCAGUCCUGUUUUUGAUGCUCAUAGCCCUUCACAGUCCAAUAUAUGCCAAUCCCAUCAAAACUAUUGUUGUAAUUGUGAUGGAGAACAGGUCAUUUGACCACAUGCUGGGUUGGAUGAAGAGAAUCAAUCCAGAAAUCAACGGUGUGGAUGGCUCUGAGGCCAACCCUUUGUCCACAACUGAUCCAAACUCCAAGCUCUUCUUCUUCAACAAUGAGUCUCACUAUGUGGACCCUGAUCCUGGCCACUCAUUUCAGGCCAUCAGAGAGCAAAUCUUCGGCUCAGAUAACACCUCAGCUGACCCGCCUCCCAUGAAUGGCUUUGCCCAGCAGGCUUUCUCCAUGGACAACACCACCACCAUGUCUCAAGAUGUUAUGAAUGGCUUCAACCCGGAUAUGGUUGCUGUCUAUAAAACUCUUGUUUCUGAAUUUGCAGUCUGUGACAGGUGGUUUGCCUCGGUCCCAUCCUCAACACAGCCGAAUCGCCUCUACGUGCAUUCAGGGACAUCAGCUGGGGCAACAAGCAACAUCCCAGCCCUUCUAGUCAAGGGCUACCCGCAAAGAACCAUCUUCGAAAGCGUUUACGACGCCGGAAUAUCCUUCGGAAUAUACUACCAAAACAUUCCGGCCACACUCUUCUAUAGGAACUUGAGGAAGCUCAAGUACAUAAGCAAGUUCCACAUGUAUGACACCUUCAAGAGCCAUGCAAAGCAAGGGAAGCUGCCAGGCUACACUGUCGUAGAACAGAGGUACUUUGACGUCAAGAUUGCCCCGGCAAAUGAUGAUCAUCCCUCGCACGACGUGUUCCAAGGGCAGAUGUUUGUCAAGGAGGUGUACGAGACACUGAGGUCGAGCCCUCAGUGGAACGACACCUUGUUGAUCAUCACUUAUGAUGAACAUGGAGGGUUCUACGAUCAUGUAGGUACGCCGGUACAUGGAGUCCCUAGCCCCGAUGGGAUCGUGGGGCCGGAGCCUUUCUUGUUUCGAUUUGACCGGUUGGGAGUUAGGGUUCCGACCAUCAUGGUCUCACCCUGGAUUGAGAAGGGUACUGUCCUUCAUGGACCUAAUGGAUCACCAUUUCCAACUUCGGAAUUUGAACACUCAUCCAUUCCAGCAACAGUUAGGAAGAUCUUCAACCUAUCUGCACCCUUAACAAAGAGGGAUGAAUGGGCUGGUACCUUUGAAGGCAUUGUUCAAACACGGACAGAACCCAGAACUGAUUGCCCAGAGCAACUACCAACGCCAGUCAAGAUCAGAAAAAGUGAGCCUAAAGAAGAUGCUAAGCUUACUGAAUUUCAGCAGGAGAUGACACAACUCGCAGCAGUUCUAAAAGGAGAUAACAUAUUUACAAGCUACCCCAAAAAGACAGGGAAGGAGAUGACCGUCAAGGAUGGGAAGGAAUACGCAGAUGACGCAGUUAAACGAUUCUUUGAGGCAGGGCUUUAUGCUAAGAGAAUGGGAGUUAGUGAGGAACAGAUUGUCCAGAUGAGGCCUCCCUUACUACAAGACCAUCACCCAUAGUUAACCAGACACCAUAAAUAGAUGAAAUGAAAACUGGCAGUGGAUCCUCAGGUGCAUAUGUAAAAGAGCAGUCAUCUUUUUCUAUAUCUAUACAAAUCCAAGGAAAGAAAUUAAAUUAUCUAAUGAAAGUUUAGCAUUUCACGA